AUGGCACAUGCUCCCCUCCUACGAACCAACACGGCACCGGUAUUCUCACAGUCUUCGAACGGUGUCGGAGGCAUCAGUACCAUGAGCCAUGCGCCGCGCGCCAGCCAACUGUCUGGCUCAACGGCGUACAACAGCUCCUCCGUCUCGCUAGCCUCGUUGUCAUCCGCUGCUACUGCUGCGACGACCGCCACCGCGACACCCCAGAACGGUGGGCCCGUCAUAGCCACAGCCAACAUCAUCAACCAGAAGGCUGAUGCCUCUCGCUCGCUCUACCACCUGUGUAUGGCGCUCAAAGUGAGACUCGCCCAGGUUCCCGACUUUGGUCCCUACCUCCAGCAACUCGAUCCGUACGACCCAGUCGAGUCUCUUUGGGGUCUAUUUCGCACCGGUUUCCCUCUCCUCGAGAUCUAUAAUGCGUUGCAACCGCCUGUGCCCCUCAAAAUCGACGACUCGGCCCCCAAGACCACGACUGCAGACAAGAAAGCUAAGAUUGCCGUUUUCAAGUUCAUCCAGGCUUGCCUGAAGGAUCUCGGUAUUCCUUCUGCUGACUGUUUCGUCAUAAACGAUGUCCUGGGCAACGAUACAACGGGUUUCGUCAAGGUCACGCCGGACCCCGAAGAUGAAGCCGCUCCCGAACCAGGCUCAAAACUGAGCUACCGCGAUUACAUUGUUAAGGAGCUGGUUGAUACCGAGCGGAAAUAUGUGCAGGAUCUCGAGAAUCUGCACGAUCUGAAGAGCAGCCUCGAGACCAAGGGCAUCAUCACCGGCGACACCAUCCACCAGAUUUUCCUGAAUAUCAACGCCAUCCUGGACUUCCAGCGAAGGUUCCUCAUUCGCGUUGAGACGACCAAUUCUAUGCCGCAGAGCUCCCAGCAUUGGGGAGCUCCUUUCGUUGUUUACGAGGAAGCUUUCGAUAUUUACCGCCCUUUUAUCGCCAACCAGCGGAAGGCCGCGCAAGUAGCAAACCAGGUUUUCGAGCAGAUCAAGACGGCUGCGCAUCCGGUGGCAGUCGACUUCAACACACUGGACGGUUUCCUGCUGAAACCAAUGCAGCGUCUCGUGAAAUACCCUCUUCUGCUCAAGGAUCUGAAGAAGAAGACGGAAGACGAGACUGCCCAGAGCGAACUAGCCGCCGGCAUAGAGGCUGCGGAGCGAGUCCUCACUAAGGCAAAUGAAGAAGUAAAUCGCGAUCUUCUAGAUGAGGCGCUCGAGGAGCUCCGUGUCCGCGUAGAUGACUGGAAGAGCCACAAGAUUGAGCAGUUUGGUAAGCUGCUAAGGCACGGCGUCUACACCGUCGUGACCGGAAAGACAGAUCAAGAAAAAGAGGAGAUCUCUCCGAACAAGAGCAAGGACAAAAAGGACAAGACACGGUCCACUGGCCCAAGGAUUCGCAACAAAAACGCGAAGCUCCAGCUGAAGGGCAGAAUCUUCAUGACGAACGUCACGGACGUCGUCUCUCUCUCCAAACCAGGUUCUUAUAGUGUCCAAAUUUGGUGGAAGGGCGAUCCUGGCGUCGAGAAUUUCAUGAUCAAGUUUAACAACGAGGAGAUGCUGAAAAAGUGGGCUCUCGGCUUGGAGACGCAACGCAAGGUAUGGUCUCAAAAGACCGCAGGCAGCCCGGAUCAAGCAGCGCCCGAAUUUGCUUGGACCCAAGCUCACGGGAGCAAACUUGAGAAUCCAUACCUCAACCAGGGCGAUGACGAGGAUGAUGAGGACUUGGGCCCAACGUCAGCACCACCCCAAUUCCCAAUGUCGCAACAAACAUCCGGGAAUGGACCGCGCCUCCCUCGCAACGCAUCAAGCACCAGCCUGCGCCAACGAUCUGCGACAAACGACAGCACAGGCUCGUUGGCCGGCAUGGUCCCGCCGCUCCCCCACGCUUCCCGUUACCUCAGCCCCCGGGACCGUUGA